CUUUCUUUUCUACUUGAUUAUACACAUACCUACCUAUACGCUUACGCAUACCCUGUACAAACAUUUCCUUCCCCAGCUACAAAGAAGAAAGCCAAGGUUCUAGCAUACACCAACAACAAACCAGUCUUAACUAUCCUUCCUUCCUCUCAAAUCCUCCCACAAGAAAAAGAGCUAAAGCUCGAACUAGAGCCGAGCUACCUUAUCCCCAUCAACUACUCCUUUCCGUUUCCCCAAACCACCUCAAUCAACUACAACCAAGCAAACGAUCAAAAAUGCCGAUCCUUCCACUCCACGCCUCUUCUUCUUCUUCUUCUUCAUCAUCUGCAUUUUCUUCGCCAACCCCAGCCCCAACUCUCGCAACCGCAACCACCGUCCUCCCUACCUCAACCUCCUUUCCCUCCUCAAGCCAACCACUAACCCCGAAUCCGUACACCUUCUCUAUCAACCCGGUACUCUUCUGGGUUCUAGUGAGCUGUGUAUUUCUUAGUGUGCUGAUCCAGAUUGCGUUUUGUGUUAGGUGGAUGGUUGAGGUGUAUGUUGGUGCUGCUGAGAGACGGGGGAAAAAGAGGGAGGAGGGAGGAGGAGGAGGAAGGGGAGUGGGAGGGUAUGGUGGUGGGAUAGGGGCAGCGAUUUAGGGAUGAGAUUUCUUGAGGGGAGGGAAGAGAGGAAAGGGGGGAGGGUUUCUUGUUUAUUGGAUUUCUUGUUUUAAGGUGUGUUGGGUUAGAUAGAGAGUUAUUCUUCUCUUUUCUUUUUUCUAGGAUGUGUCUCUUCCCUUAUUCUGUCCUAGUCUCUCUCUUUUCUUAAUUUGACAGUAUUUUCUCUCUUUAUUUUCCUCUUCUUUCUGUACGUACCUCUCAUCUUUAAACUGUACUUUCCAUCAUCUUCGACCAUCUCUUCAAGCACAACCGGGGCUUAGACAGGUCUUAUCAGCUAUACAACCCUAAAUUCACCUCUACUUCCACCCCUAACCUUGACUCACUCAUUUAAUUCCCUCCUCCUGCCCGUCUACUUGCCCUCCCUUCUCUAAUCCCACCACCUCCACGAACAACACCCCACCCACCACCAUAAACCCCCCAAGCACCCAUCCCCAACCCCACAAUAAUCGCCGCAGAAACCGGUCCCAUGACCUUCCAAACCUCCUUCUGAUUCGUAUUCCCUGGCUCCCCCGUAAACUCUCUGACAUUCAUCCCGUAAUACGACGU